CGCUUCUCGCUGCUUCUUCUGUGACUCCGGAAGCAAUAGGGACUUUGGGUUGUUGUCUGGCAAGAGGCAAGAAGGGAAGCGGAAGACUGAUUAAGCGGUUGCGGACAAGCAAAAUGUCAUGGCUACAGUCUGCAGUUAGCCAGUGCGGUGAAGAUGUAUUUGAUGAAAAUGCAGAUGAGAUGGACCUAGCCCAGAAAGAAUGGAAGAGUGCAAUGGAGAAACGAGUCAAGGAGGGCUAUAGGGAAGGUGUUGAUGCUGGGAAAGGGGUAACACUUCAACAAGGCUUCAAUCAGGGUUACAAAGAAGCAAUAAGGAUGAUGUUUGAAUGUAGCCAGCUCAAAGGAACCAUAAGUGCUCUACUGUCUUGGUAUCAUCACAAUAAACACAGCCCUGCGACGCUGAAUGAGAUGACUGAUCUGCUGAAUCAAUUAAGAACAUACGAAGAAAAUAUGCUUAAGAAUUUAAAUUGUAUAAACUCACAACCCAGUGUUGGAGAUUUGCUACAUACUCUUAAUGACAUGGAUCUUGAUCAUGAAUGCUGUGCUGUUGAACAACAUAGUAGAACCUGUGCUGAGCUUCCUAAAAACAGUUGCAGAAAUAAUGGAACAGAUUCAUUUCAAAAUGAAUAUUGUGGCAGGACAGAAGAUCACAAAGGUUCUGAAAGAACAACCUUUUAUUGGCUUAAAGAAAGAACUGCCAGUAUCAUGGAACAGUUUGGUUUGUCUCCAGAUACAGUUAAACGUAUCUAGCUCUUGGCAAAAUAAAUGUGUUGCUUUAAAUUA